AUGUCUUUUGCACACCUACUCCCCAUUGACGGCGACUGGAAGACCGACGUGACCCGAUGGAUGUCUGAGGACGUGCCCUCGUUCGACGUCGGUGGAUAUGUUGUUGGAGACGACAUUCACCAUGCCACUCUCUACUGCAAGUCUCCCGGAGUGGUUGCAGGUGUUCCCUUUGCCCAGGAGGUGUUCGACCGAAACCAGCUCAAGGUGAAGUGGAGCGUGCGUGAGGGUGACUACGUGGAUCCCAAGGGUGGCAAGGUUGCUGUUGCCAAGGUGUCUGGUCCCGUUCGACAGGUGCUUCUGGCCGAGCGAACUGCUCUCAACCUCCUUGCUCGAGCCUCCGGAGUCGCCACAAAGUCCCGACACAUUGUCGAGCUGGCCAAGAAGGCUGGCUACACUGGAAUUAUUGCCGGCACUCGAAAGACCACCCCCGGCCUGCGACGGCUGGAGAAGUACGCCAUGAUUGUCGGAGGAGCUGACCCCCACAGAUACGACCUAUCGUCAAUGGUUAUGCUCAAGGACAACCACGUGUGGGCCACUGGAUCAAUCACUGAUUCCGUGAAGAAGGCUCGGUCUGUGUGCGGAUUUGCCAUGAAGAUCGAGGUCGAGUGCCAGAGCGAGGAGGAGGCCAAUGAAGCCAUUGCCGCCGGUGCAGACAUCAUCAUGCUGGAUAACUUUGACGGCAAGGGUCUGCAGGUGGCUGCUCAGAGCAUCAAGGACAAGUGGAACGGUACCAAGCACUUCAUGCUCGAGUGCAGUGGAGGUCUGACCGAGGAGAACAUCGGCUCUUACCUGACCAACCAGAUUGACAUCUACUCCACUUCUAGUAUCCACCAAGGAACUGGCAUUGUUGAUUUCUCCCUGAAGAUUGAUCAUAACUAA